ACUAUUGAACGAGCGUUCCCUUGGAAUAAGCGUAAAUAUACAUAAAAUGUGUGUCGCAUGUUGUCAACCGCCUUACUCGUGAUCUGAAGCGCAUGGGUGAUGGUGAGCAAAAUCAUCUGAGAUCCUCAGUGUUUGGCGAGAGAGUCAAUUGUUGAGACAGAUUUGAAGGAUCGAUUCACUCUCAAUCUUUAAGUGGUGGGCCCUUCCAUUCAAUCUCUCUCUCAGACAUACACUCAUCAUUUGUGGCGAGAGAACGUCCACCCUUGGGACCUUCAGACAAACUUGUUCAAGCUGAUCGGGUUCGAAGGGGAUAAGGGAAAUAUCGUCCCUACAACAUGGCAUUAUCUCCUCGACUCGUAUCAUGGUGCUUUUCAUGUGUCCUGCUCACAACUGGAGCUUGGACACUGAAAGUCGAAUAUGAUACGGUGGAACCCAUUGCCAUGAACCAUUUUCAGAAUAUCACCUUGCGCCUGAGUUUUAACGAGUCCAUUAAUGAAGAGCAAACUUGGCCGGCCAAUCAAGGAGUCAAUCUGACUUUCAGCUUUGAGGAUAAGGUCUCAUGGGCGUUAGAUGCGCUUAAUGCCUCACUGAUUGCUACACGUGAAGAAAUCCGGUUGCAAAAGGCAAUCAACUUGACUGUCAAGGGAGUGAUUAUUGGAUAUAACAAUCUUGAGGUAUAUGGCCAAUUGGUCACACUGAACAAACCAGGGGAGCUGCCCCCUGCGCCAAACUCUCCAGUCGGCCCAACCAAUCGACCGCCAUUCAAUCCUCGGAGAAGAAGGAUACGAAAAACAACAACCACUGCAACUGCACCAGCGCCCUUUAGCGGUGAAUUUUUUAACAAUGAUUAUGAUUACUACUAUGACGAUUACGCGUCAAUCCAAAAGCGAUCUGUCGAAGAAGAGUCAUCCGAGGACAGUGAAGGAAAUGAGAAAUCCAGUGAGAAUCAUGCAGAGUUUGAACCAGCGGUUCAUACGGUCUUGUCCGAACAUGAGCCUACACUGAUGCGUAAAAUCCAUAUUGUUGUGAUGGUAAAGGAUCAAACUAUGAACGACCUUUUCACACUUGUCAUGACCUUGAUGAUCAUCGCUAAUACGGUGAACAUGGGAGGACAGCUGGACUUGCAAAUUAUUAAAGAAGUCUUCAAAAAACCGAUUGGACCAUUGGUGGGGAUGAUCUGCCAAUUCAUUCUUAUGCCAUUGUUCGCUUAUGCGAUUGGUUGGCUCAUGACCAACGACACCUUGUUCCGAUUGGGUCUCUUCGUUCUGGGAUGCUGUCCAGGGGGAACCGGGUCGAAUUUCUGGUGCAUUCUACUCAAGGGAGACAUCAACUUGUCUAUCACUAUGACAUUUGUCAGCACAGUGGCCGCGCUUGGAAUGAUGCCAAUGUGGUUGUGGCUGAUGGGACCCCUUUUGACAGAUGAAGACCUCGUCAUUCCUUUUGGCCAACUUAUGAUCACUUUAAUCAGCCUGAUUGCUCCAAUUGCCGUAGGAAUGUUGAUAAGAUAUAAGUGGAUCAAGGCAGCCGCCGUUAUGGACAAAAUUAUUGUUCCAUUCACUCUGUUGACCGUGUUUUUCAUAUUUACUGUUGGAGUUUAUGUCAAUCUCUUCAUUUUCCAACUCAUCACUUGGCCAAUGGUAGCAGCUGGGUUCAUGGUGGCAGGAGCCGGCUACUUCUUUGGGGCGGGUUUGGCUUGGCUCUGCAGACUGGAAUGGGACAAAAUCGUGGCUGUGUCCAUUGAGACCGCCUUUCAGAAUGGCGGCAUUGCCUUCAUCUUACUCAAAGUCUCAUUAGAGGCUCCUUAUGGAGAGCUGGCCUCCGUGGCCCCCGUUGCUCAACUUGUGAUCACAGGUCUACCUUUGUGGGCUGCCCUUGGAGUGUGGAAGUUGUAUGAAAAAUGCUGCAGCCGAAAGAAAGUGGAGGCAGAGCCAGUUCGAGAUGAAUACAAGCCUAUUCAAAGGAAAGACGUUGAAAAUACAGCCACAGAUGGGAAUGGUUUGACGAAAACGUUCUGUAAUCAAGAAACCCAAACACAAUUGGGUUAACCCACCCAUGGAGUUCCGAUUCCUCACAUCAUUACAACCAUUCUAAAAUGGUGACCAAAUUAGUAUAGGGAUUUAUUUUGCGUUGACAAUCCCUUAUGUAUUCAAUUAUUUGAGUAAUAAAAUGCUCUAUUAGUAAAAUUGUG